GAGGGUAGUAGCUGAGAGGGGCGGGCGCAGUGAGCAGCGGGCUUGGCGUGUGCUCCGCUGCCGUCCGCUCUGCCCGAAGCGCGGAGGAGCAGAGCAGGGGCCUGCUGCCCUUCUCCAUGAGGCCCGAGUGAGGCGCAGCGGCAAGAGCCGGCCCGCGGCGCCUCCCCCCACACUCUCUUCCGAGCGCAGCGGCCGCGGCUCCGGAAGGAGGAGGAGCAUGUCGGACGGUUUCGACCGGGCCCCAGGUGCUGGUCGGGGCCGGAGCCGGGGCCUGGGCCGCGGAGGGGGCGGGCCUGAGGGCGGCAGUUUCCCGAACGGAACGGGGCCUGCAGAGCAGCCGCGGCACCAGCCGCCGCCGCAGCCCAAAGCCCCGGGCUUCCCGCAGCCGCCGCCGCUGCGCCAGCCCAAGACGGCUCCGCCGCCUGGGGCCCAGUGCGAGGUCCCCGCCGGCCCCCAGCGGCCUCCCCGGCCCGGGGCGCUCCCAGAACAAGCGAGGCCCCCAAGAGCUCCACCUAGUUCCGAGGAUAAAACCCCACAGCAGAUCUCCGAGUCAGCAAUGGCCAAACCCCAGGUGGCCGUAGCUCCUGUGUUAAUGUCCAAACUGUCGGUGAACGCCCCCGAAUUUUACCCAUCAGGUUACUCUUCUAACUAUACAGAAUCUUACGAGGAUGGUUGUGAGGAUUAUCCUACUCUACCAGAAUAUGUUCAAGACUUCUUGAAUCAUCUCACAGAGCAGCCUGGCAGUUUUGAAACUGAGAUUGAACAGUUUGCAGAGACGCUUAAUGGUUGGGUUACAACAGAUGAUGCUUUGCAAGACCUUGUGGAACUCAUCUAUCAACAGGCUACAUCCAUCCCAAACUUCUCUUACAUGGGAGCACGCCUAUGCAACUACCUGUCUCAUCAUCUGACAAUUAACCCACAGAGUGGCAAUUUCCGCCAAUUGUUACUUCAAAGAUGUCGGACUGAAUAUGAAGUUAAAGAUCAAGCUGCAAAAGGAGAUGAAGUGACUCGAAAACGAUUUCAUGCAUUUGUACUCUUUCUGGGAGAACUUUAUCUUAACCUGGAGAUCAAGGGAACAAAUGGACAGGUUACAAGAGCAGAUAUUCUUCAGGUUGGUCUUCGGGAGUUGCUGAAUGCCCUCUUUUCCAACCCUGUGGAUGACAACUUAAUUUGUGCAGUAAAAUUACUGAAAUUGACAGGAUCGGUUUUGGAAGAUGCCUGGAAGGAAAAAGGAAAGAAUGAUAUGGAAGAAAUUAUUCAGAGGACUGAAAAUGUUGUCCUAGAUGCAAAUUGCAGCAGAGAUGUAAAACAGAUGCUUUUGAAGCUUGUAGAACUCCGGUCGAGUAAUUGGGGUAGAGUCCAUGCAACCUCUACAUACAGAGAAGCAACACCUGAAAAUGAUCCCAACUAUUUUAUGAACGAACCAACAUUUUAUACCUCUGAUGGUGUUCCUUUCACUGCAGCUGAUCCAGAUUACCAGGAGAAAUAUCAAGAGCUGCUUGAAAGAGAAGACUUUUUUCCAGAUUAUGAAGAAAAUGGAACAGAUUUAUCAGGGGCUGGUGAUCCAUAUUUGGAUGAUAUUGAUGAUGAGAUGGACCCAGAAAUAGAAGAAGCUUAUGAAAAGUUUUGUUUAGAAUCAGAGCGUAAGCGGAAACAGUGAAGUUUACGUUUCAGCACAUCAGUUUUAUAUAAAGCAUUUUAGGUUUGGUGAUCCUAGCAGAACACAGGAAAGCAAGAAAAAUGUGUCACACUUAUAAUACCAAAUUAAGGAUACUGAGUUAUGUUACUAAUGUAUGCAACUUUAAUUUUCUUUAACACUAUCUGCCAAAAUAAACUUUAUUCCCUGUAACUUAAAAUGUGUAUAUAUAUAUAAUAGUUUAUUAUGUACAGUUAAUUCCAUUGUUUUGGCUGCAAUAAAAUCGAUUUUGAAAUAAAUUAAAUGUUG